AACGAUUGGCCAUCGGUGAUCGGUCCUGUGGGAACAAUGCUCCGUCCUCUCGAGGACGCGUGGUCAAUGGUCUAACCGCUAAGGCAUGCAAAACAUAAGAGUACGUGGCCGCGACGGGUCCCAGGGUGAAGCAAAGCGGCGUGGUCGGGUUCGUGAUGAACCAGAUGAACCAGGACAUCCACUUCAGCGCGAAGCACUCGCAGUACGUGAGCUCCAUUCACGACAACGCCGAGAAGUUCGACCCCAGGGCGGAGGAGGCCUUCAAGUACGUGCAGAGGGCCUGA